AUGCAGCUUAGUUUAAGGGUUCCUGUUGGAUAUGACAAUGGAUAUUUUCUUACUGGAGCAUCACGACAUUUGCUGCACAAAACUUCAGGAGUUGGGUCUGAUCCCACGAGUGAAGUUAUCGAGCUGUUCCAGGAAAGCGGUCUGUGGAGCGAGAACUUGGAGAUUCUGGAGAGUCCCAUGUUUGACGAGGAACACACAGGUAUCUGGAGGGAGAGAGCACUGGUCCAACAGAUAAUACAUUUAGAAUCAGGAUGUGGCAGGGUCACCAAUGGGCUUGCGACGUUCACAGAUGGAUCCAAAGCUUGUGUGCGCUAUGGCAUAGAUGCUGACCAGGUUCAAGGUGAGAUACUGGCUUAUCACUUAGCAAGGAUACUUGGUAUUUACAACCUACCUCCUACAGUUCUAUCCAAACCGGAUCCAGCGAAAAAACAAUGGAUGCUUGUUCGUGAAAGUAUCGAAUCUUUGCAUUGGACAACAGAAGCAAUCGUCUCACUAACUGAAUGGGUACCAAAUCUAACAGGCGUGUUCAUCCCCACUGCUCUGCGGAAAGGAGGAGAGGGUUUAAACCCGACCAACGCCUUGAGAAACAAAACAGCAACGUUUUUAAUUGAGAUGAUGCAAUGGACCGACCUCAUAUUAUUUGAUUAUUUAAUUGCGAAUUUUGACCGACUUGCAAGUAAUCUUUUCAAUUUACAGUGGGACGCGCGCAUGAUGGAGAGAGCCACUAGCAAUCUUCUCAAGUCUAAAAGGGGCUUGGUCUUCAUAGACAAUGAAGCUGGGCUAGUGCACGGCUACAGAGUCUUGAAUUCGUGGGAGAAGUAUCACAAAAGUCUGUUGAGGACAGUUUGUAUUUUCCGAAAGAGGACUGUUCAACGCAUAGCAGAAUUGAAGCAUCAAAGAAACGUUAGUGCACGAUUGCUUGAGCUCUACCAAGCAGAUGAGCCAUUGGCGCUUGAGCUUGGGUUUCUUUCGAAACAACAUUUGGAGACCUUGCAAAAUCGUGUUGACCUGUUGUACGAACAUGUAGAGCGAUGCAAGCUGAGACACUCUGAGCCUGUUUCACAUUUUGAUGUAAAGAAAUCUCAUGUCUGA